GACACUUCAGUCAUGGUGACAUUCUGCUGGUUGUUUCCAAACAAUGACUUUUACCCCGGAUUCGUAAACAAUCGAAACAAGGGUUAGAAUUACUUGGCCUGUCGGAUUAAGCCAUAACGCCACCACAGUCGUUGGCUAACUAUUCCUGGGUUUGUUAUCUUUUCGAUCUUUACUUUCAAAUAUGGCAAAGGGAACAAGCUCAAAACUGAACAUCCCAAUAAUUCACCCGGAUCUUGGCAUAGGUGGAGCUGAGAGAUUGAUUGUGGAUGCUGCUGUUGAGCUUGCAUCCCAGGGCCAUAAAGUUCAUGUUUUUACUGCACAUCAUGACAAAAGUAGAUGCUUUGAAGAAACUGUUGCUGGUACCUUUCCAGUCACUGUGUAUGGUUCAUUUCUUCCUCGUCAUGUGUUCUACCGUCUUCAUGCGUUGUACCUUCGGUGCCUAUUUGUUGCUCUCUGUGUACUUUUCAUGUGGCAUUCAUUUGAUGUUGUACUGGCAGAUCAAGUCUCUGUAGUUAUUCCUAUUUUCAAACUCAAAAGGUCAAUAAAGGUUGUAUUCUAUUGUCAUUUUCCGGACUUGUUACUUGCUCAACAUUCAACUUUCAUUAGGAGGAUGUAUAGAAAACCAAUUGACUAUGUAGAAGAGAUAAGGACUGGUUUAACUUUAUAUCCAUGCUUUAUUAAUGGGGAGACACAUGCCUCAAUCAAUCGUCUUUAA